UGGCCGUCAUUUUGCAACCCGUUCAGACGCCAUUCAGAUGCGUCGAAUGCGAGUGGCCGGUGCCGCGCCACUUCCGUCUGCCCGUUAACUUUCUCUUCCUCCUUUCGUUCCACCGAGUUCUCGUCGAUCCUUCCCCCGUUGGGACGGACGAUCGUGCACAGGGGCGAGGAUAAAAAGAAACGAGAGGAAAGAACGAGGAAAAAGGAAGGGAAAAAGAUUAUUCGUAUGCUCCGAGAUAUUGUCGGAUAAGAUUACACGACGUUGGUGAUACCAGGAGUGUCGGUCGAGAGGUAGGCGAGAGUAAGAAGUCGAGGCGAGUGAUAGCUUCGUUGAGGAAAGAGCGAGUAGAAAGAGGUGGUAAUUUGUAGUUGACGAUUCGGUAAGGAGAACCGAGAGGGUGUUUGCACGUGAUCGUGGUAGCUUCGUCGAGGAGAAGUAUAUAAUUUGGCGAGGGAGGGAAUAGAGGAAUGAGAGGAAGGUGAGAGAAGAAUCGAGUAGAAGUUGAGAGGGGUCUGACGCGCGUGCACGCGUGGGGCCGGUGGUCGACUACUCGUAACGAGACGCCUACGACGAGGGGUGAAUCGACACACAGAGAUCUCUGAAUGGACCGUUGGAGUGGUGUUCGUCGCUCCUUCGAACGAACCGGAACGAUGAAUUUUUCAAGGAUCGAGGUCCGCGACGACGAGAGACGCGAGACGAGUAACGCGAUUCCCACCGAGAAACAAACUGACGACUCCUUUACGUGCACUUAAAGGUGCGAGAAAGGAAGCGAGAGACGAGGAGCGGAAGGCGGUGGAGCACGUGUUUAAGCGGAUAAGCGGGGAGAAAAUUUCCGUGGGUGUUCUUCCCCUCCUUUCGUGUUUCCAAAGGUUUUUGAAACAAGAAGAAGAAGAAGAAGAAGAAGGGCCUCGACUGACCGGGAUAGGGAAUAUAUCAAGGAGGAACAAGCACUCCUUUAACUAAUCACUAUGUGAAUGAUGCAAAUUAUUAUGAAAUUUCAAGCAAUGACAAUUCAAGUCCCUUGGAGAAAUUUUACUUAAUUACUGGACAAAGGUGGCACACAGAUACUGUGCUACCUAUUCCUUUAUUGCCAUCUACAGAGGGAAUGUCUGCUCGAUCUCAUCACAGAUAUCAACUUUUUAUACAUAGGAUCCCACAGUCCAUAACGGGACUGGAUGAUGCUGGAAUGGAUUUGCAAGCAGCUCAACUCAGUACCCGCACAGGACAGGAGGUACGUUCCACUGCAACCUUAUCAUGGCUAGAUUGGCAAUUGCCCCUGUUCGUAGCAGUUUGCGCCAUCGGUGGCGUCAUUCUCUUUACAUUUCUGAUUUUGUUAUGGCUGCGGAAACAAAUGUCGCGUGAAAAAGAUACCGAAGAUGGUGAUAGGAGAGGUUUGGUAGAGGAAGGUGCUGUGGGUCAUCCGGAAAAAUCUAUAAAAUCUUCAAAAGGAUCGAUUGAAUGGGUUCAUCAACCCGCAACGAAAUCAUCAGUUCAAUCUGUUCCUACUCGAUCUCUUACGCAAGCCAUUGGUUUACCAGAAGUAAUGUCAGUAGCAACUCCAGAACGCAGACCGGAACCGAUACGCAUAAGAACUAAAGGAUUGUUAGAACGACGUGGAUCAAGCGCAAGUUUGACUAUAGAAUUGGCACCACCUCCAGAAAGUCCACCUCAUAUUGUUACACCUACUCGUGAAUGUACUGCAGAAGAAUUUCUAUUAAGCGCUGGAAAUGUUUUAUCAAGAGCACAACUUAGAAAGGCAAUCAGUGACACAGCAUCCUUACAUAAAGAAUUUUGGGAAGUUCCUCUCAAUUUACCCGAGAAAUUAGAUAUAUGUGGAUCUGGGGUGAAGAAUAGAUAUUGUUCCGUAUUACCAAAUCCACAGUCAAGAGUGAUUUUACCGGGACCUUCGGAUGAUCCUCUUUCGAGUUAUAUUAAUGCCAAUUAUAUUCGAGGAUAUGAUGGAGAAGAUGCACGCUAUAUUGCAACACAGGGACCAUUAGCUCACACUGUGGAUGAUUUUUGGAAAAUGAUUUGGGCAGAAAAAGUACCCGCGAUAGUUAUGAUGACGAAAUUAUAUGAAGCCGCCAAAACAAAAUGCGAAGCAUAUUUUCCAUUGGAUAAAAAUAAUCGCAUACAGGCUGGACUGUUUACUAUUAUUGUUACUUCUAUUGACACAAGAGAAGGAUAUACGAUCAGAGAUUUAGAACUUCGAUAUGAAGGCGAAAGGAAGCAUGUGCAGCAUUACUGGUAUGAUUCAUGGCCAGACCAUGCUGUACCUCAAACAGCAGAUACCCUUGUUAGUUUAGCUGCAGAAGUAAAUUCUUUACCAGGUCCGGUCGUUGUUCAUUGUAGUGCUGGAAUUGGACGAACUGGUUGUUUCAUAGCUUUAGCUACGGGAAUGACGCAGUUAUUACGAGAUGGGAAUGUAGAUGUAUUGGGUAUUUUAUGCCAAAUGAGAUAUGACAGAGGUGGUAUGGUUCAGACAGCAGAACAAUACGAAUUCGUUCAUCGUGCACUUUGUCUGUAUGAACAGACACUUGAAGGUGGUAAAUCAUCAAGUUCAGGUGAUUGAAAUUAUAAACAAAGUGAUUAUGGGAAUUGAUAAAAGUUCAGUAGAAGAAAAAGAAUUGGUCUUAGAAUUAUUAUGAAAAGAUUCAUGAAAUGAAUAUGGUCUGCAACAUAUUACUAACGUCCGGGUGUGAAUAUUUGUAUUAUGGAGGAAAUCCUAUGAAAAGAAUCUCGAUUUCAAUUCUAGACCAGCGGAUGUCUUACUCGAUCUUCAGCUAUUCAAGAUGAGUUUUAUCUCACUAAAUAAGCUGCCAUUUCUAUACUGCCAUGACAAAUCGUUGACAAUUAAUAUCAGUCACACAAAGCUCAAGAUAAAGGUAAAUGGUUAUUGACUCAUGUUCUAAAGAGUUCUACAUUAUUCUUAAACGGAAUUAAAACUGUUUGACAAAUGGAAAAAAAAAAAAAAAGAAAAAGAAAAAAAAGAAAAAAAAUAUAUUUCAAUUUGACUCGCGAGAUAUCAGGGUUUGUCAAAGUAUUGAUUCAGAUUUUUAUGCAUUCUCUGUGUGUUAUAAAUUAGAUUUGUUAGUUAUAAAUAUUUGCAUCUAUAAUAUUCUCAGAGUCCUAUUCUUUCUACAUUAUGAGCAGUUCUUACUUAGCUUUCCAGUACAGUAAACUAUUACAAAACUAAUAUUGCUGUCUAUUAUACAAUUACAAAAAUAAUAACAUUAAUAGUUAUAAUUAUUUCAAAAUGAAGUCUUAAAUAUACAGAAGGGCAAAUAAUUAUAAAAUUGGGACCCAGUUUAAUUAAAAAAUUUUUAUCCUAUUUGUAGUUCCUAGUUAAUUUUACAGUAAAAUGUACACACAAUGAUUUUUUUCCAUGAUUUUUAAUUAAUUUAUCAAUAAAGACUGAAUGCAGGUAGUACAAUACGUUUAUUAUAUAUUAUAAGUUAUAAAUUUAACUAGAAAUAUUAUGCUUCUCUGAUACAAAGCAAAAUUUAUGAUGUUAUAAGAUUGUAAAGAAUAUUAUAGUCUUACUUGAAAAAAAGAAGAAAAAAGAUAAAUUGUAGAAUGAGUUUGUUAAGCUUUAAAGCAAACUAUUCGUUAUAUAGCAAAAGUAAAGUUGUUAUAGCAUUCUUUCCAAGUAUUAUAUAUAUACAAAACUAUAAUUAUUUAUUUUCUUUAUUAUAUUUUGAAUAUGAAUUAUUAAUUAAUAAAAUUCCAAUAUAAUGCUUUGAAUUAAUGAUGAAAAAAAUUUUUGAUUCUUUUUUUUUUAAUAAUGAUCAAUUUAUUUGAUUGAAUAUUAGUCUAUAGUUGACAAUAAGUGUGAUUUAUGAGCUUUUAGGAUUUGAUAUGAAUUUAUUAACAAAAAUGGCAAUAGUUUGAACAGCAAUGUUCAAUUCUCUGCAUAGAACUAUUAUAAUUCAAUUUUGACAUAAUAAUACCAAAGUUAUUAAUAUUCAUUAACAUUAUAUAUUAUAAUGAGAUAUAUUGCAGACUUUAUAAGAUUUAUGAUUAAUAAUUGUUGGAAUUAUAAAAGUUUGAUUUAUUUUUUUUAUAAUUAAUUCUCACUGAAUUCCAAUUUGAGUUAUUAUUAUACAUUAGGUUAUGUAUUUCGAUUUCAUUGUUUUGAAUAAUUUUUAUAAUUUGUGAAUAUAUUGUAAUUGAAAAUUUAGCUUCAUGUUAUUUCAAAAAUAUAAUCAAUUUAUUCAUCGAACGUAUUAUAACAUCAUCAUUCAAAUUAUUAAUAUAAUGUUUUAGAAUUCUUCAAUCUUGUAAGUGAACAGUGUGAACGUGUAUUUUUGAGCGAAAGAUUGUGAUAUGUAUACAUAUAUAAUAUAUAAUAUAUAUAUUUGUACAUAUGUUGUACAGAGAGUAAAAUAUAUUUAAGAGAUUAUGUAUUUGUGUAAGUGCAAAUUGAGAGUAUAUUAUUUAUGAGUAUAUAAAAGCCUUAAGCAACUUUAAUGUAAACAUAUUAAUAACGUAACAAUAACAAUAAUAAUUAUUUAGAAACCCUUUGGUGUUCAAUUGUACUUAUGUGACGUAAUAAAUGUUUAUAGUACCCAUGCAAUGUUUACGUGUACUUUUUUAGGAAGUGGAGUACUAUCGCGAUUAUGUUUAUUAAAUUUUCUUUGUGAAAAAUUAUUAUUUAUAAUGAUUUUGUAAAACACGAUUUUGUUUUUUAUUUAUUAAAAUUUGUAUAUUUUAUAAAUAUUUUAUAAA